AUGGCAAUCUGUGGAUUGUUUUCAAGAAUAUACCCCAAGUCUGCUGAGAAACGACUUCAUGGAAAUGAUAAAGCAAUCCGGCCCUCCAGGAUAGCCUUCCUACGAGCUGCCGCUAUCAACUUCAUACUCCUGCAAGUGCUCUUCCUCGGAUUAUUCGUCUACAUAUUUGGCUCUCUCUUUCAGCAAGAUGUACACACUCACAAUAUGGGCAUCCUCUGGGUAGACUACGAUGGCGGACUUGUUGGAACGGCAGUCAGGGAUGCCUACAAGUCACUCCAGGGAACUACCUUUCCGACCUUGGAGGAAAGUACUCCAGUCCAGUACCCGAGCCCUGGAGAAAUGAGAGAAGUAGUCUGCCAGGCAAAAUACUGGGCAGCACUUUAUACCUCGCCGGGCGCAUCCCUCCGUCUCGACGAAGCACUGACCGGGGGUUCUGCAGCAAGCAGCUACAAUCGAUCGGAUGUCUUGACAUUCAUUUGGAAUGAAGCUCGCUAUUCCCCGAUCGCCGACUCUAGCAUCUCUGCAAACCUGCAAAAACUGUCCUCUACCGCUCGAACUGCAUACCUGACUCACAAAGACAUCUCAGGACUUCAAGCUUUGUCUUCAGCUGACCCCACAGCAAUCUCCAUAUUUGCAGACCCCUGGACGUUGUCCGACAUCAACAUUCAACCUACAACGCAAGGCUCGCGACUCAUCUACAAUACCUUGGUCAUUAUCUUGCUUUUGAUUCAGGAGUUUUUCUACCUAGGAACCAUCAAUGGACUAUACGUGCAAUUCAAGAUAUAUGCAUCCCUUUGGCCACACCGCAUCAUCGCAUACAGGAAUAUGAUAUCGUUAGCUUAUACAUUCGUCGGCUCACUCUCCACCACCGGCGCUAUCUGGGCAUUUCGUGUGGGGUGGGAUGUGAACUCGAAUCAAUUUGUCCUCACCUGGUUCAUCCUCUGGCUCUUUGCACAUGCGAACUUCCUCUGGCUGGAUGUGAUGACUAUUUGGCUACCAGUGCAAUACGUACCGAUGAGCAUGAUAUGCUGGGUUAUGUUUAACGUAACUUCGAUUCUCGUUCCGUUUGAGCUCAGUCCGGGGUUUUACAGAUGGGCGUAUGUAAUGCCUGCGCACGAGGUAUACCAGGUUCUAACAGAUAUCUGGUCGGGGGGUUGUAACCCACAGCUCCGUUAUGCUCUACCUAUCCUCUUCUCGCUAGAACUGAUAGGCCUGGUGCUGAGCGGCUUAGGCGUAUAUCGACGGUGCCAUUACGCGCUUCUGGCCGAGGAGAACCAAGAAAUAGCGUUCCACAGGCGACUAGAUGCAGCGAUGGAUUUUGAGCGGAGGAGAGAUGCGGAGAGGCAGGAGGCGGCCGAAGCUGUGGUCGCUGGACCUGUAGAGCCUAGUGAGAAGGAUAAGAGGGAUGAUAUGAGAGGUCGUGAAGAGAACCUGGGAGAGGUUGAGUUGGGUGAUCAGAUUCGUCGGGAGGAGGACGAGAUCCUUAGUGACCAGAGGAGGGCGAGUAGGGCUUGCAAUUUUGGGCCGAGCUUUGAUCUGGCAUUUGAAAGAGGAUCUUAG